AAGUGACCCUCUGUUUCCAGCCUCUCCUGGCCUCAAAUUCAGAAGGGCUGGACUUUUCAUGGACAACAUCCAUGCCCAAAGGAGAACUUUCUGGUGGCCCAAAGGCUGAGCGAGGAGGCACCUCCUGGCUAUUUUCUAGACGGUUAUCACAGCAAAGACAUCUCCAAACCUGGACCUUUUCCUUCAUGGGAUUCACAGCACCUGACGGAACCGUCUCCCUGCCCGGUUGCGUUUAGUCCUUCAGCCAUGUUGCCCACACAAUCAUCAAAGAUGCAGUGUGGUUGUGUCCUCGGUGCACACGUGUCCCCAGAUUUGAAGUCUGGCAUCAUUUGGGCCAUUGGACCAGUCGUCUUUUUCUCCAAGUUGGAAAUCUGACUCCUCCCAAAAUGAGGAAGAAUGAGGAGAAAAGCUGUUGGACCAAGAGACGUUGAUCAACAAGGAAGCAGUUUGCGGUUUUGUAAUUGUUGAUCUUGGAGCCCCACUUGAAAGGGACGAAGGCAGCCUCCACCAAUAAAAGCCAGAGAGGGUCCAGGGCAGGCGGCAGGCGGAGCCCAACUGGCACCAUGGGCAGAGCUGGCAAACGAGCGGCCCUCUUCCUCCUCUGCCUGAUGGCCGCAACCUGUCGAGGGGAGAAGGAAUCCUCCUGCCCAGAAGCCCAAGCGGUGGAUUUGAAUGGCAACAAGUUGACCGUCCUGCGGGGAUGCCCAGGUUCCCCUGGCUCUCCAGGGCCCCAGGGCCCCCCGGGUGUUCCAGGGGCCAAAGGUGAGAGAGGCUUGCAGGGAAUUCCUGGGGAAAUCGGAGCCCCUGGACCAAAAGGAGAAAAAGGGGAGGCAGGAAAACCCGGAGAGAAAGGGAAUAAAGGCGACAAAGGAGAAAUUGAUGAGGAGGGGCUGGAUGCUCUCCAGUGCAAGCGAGGUGCCCGAAGCUGCAAGGAGCUCUUGGCCCAGGGGGUGGUCCUGAGCGGCUGGUACACCGUCUACCCCCAGGACUGCCGGCCCCUGCGGGUGCUGUGCGACAUGCACACCGACGGAGGCGGAUGGAUCGUCUUCCAAAGGCGGUCGGAUGGCUCGGUGGAUUUUUUCCGGGACUGGGCCGACUACAAGAGGGGAUUUGGGAGCGAGCUGAGUGAAUUCUGGCUGGGGAACGACCACCUUCACCUCUUGACCUCUCUGGGAGAGAGCGAGUUGCGUGUUGACUUGAUGGAUUUCGAAAAUAAACAAUCCUUCGCCAAAUACGGAUCCUUCCAGGUGGCAGCAGAAUCCGAUCAGUAUCAGCUGAGUGUGGGCAAUUUUACAGGGGGCCCAGCAGGUGACUCCUUAAUAAAAAAACACAACAACAUGCCCUUCUCCACCCGGGACAAGCAGCAGGACCCCAAAAAACAGAAAUGCGCUAAGAGGUUCAAAGGGGCUUGGUGGUAUAAUGAUUGCCACUUUGCCAACCUCAACGGGAAAUACUGGCUGGGAGAACACCAGUCUUUUGCAGAUGGCAUCAACUGGAAAACAGGGAGAGGCCACCACUACUCCUACAAGCACACAGAAAUGAAAUUCAGGCCUGUGGCUUAUGGGGCUCCUUCAACUGACGGGGAUUUCUUCUGAGGCGUUCCAAAGAGCAUCUAGUCCAUCCCCUCUGCUUUGGAUUUGCUAUCUUGAAUUUGUAUUUUACAAAAUUUAAAUAAUCUUUAGGCAGCUGCUGCCAAAUGCCUUUGGGGGGUCCUUUUCCAUCUGCGCAAGAGCGGAGCAGCCAAUGAAUGUCAAAUUAAUAAAGAAAAUUAAUAAAAGUUUGAUCUGCAA